GUUCCACCGGUCGUUUUGCCUACGUGGAGCACGCGUGUUUCUACAACCGAAUUAUCUAUUCCCAACUAAACUAGUUUCUACAGCGCCACAAAGGUUGUGGUUUUGAUUUUUCUGUGGCACAAGGUCAUCAUUCUUAAGCUGUCUACAUAUUACAAGACCUGCAAACUGUGGAAACUCCCAAGCCAGCUGCUUAAACUUUGAGAAUUUGAGACACGUUCGGAUCCCAGGUCACUUCCGCGUAGCCUCUCAAACGACGUCCGGAUCGUCUAGACGCAACGCCAUGGAGAUCAGAUCGCGGUAUGUACUGUUGUGUGUGAUAAUAAUUCUGACUGUUCACGGAAUCGGCGCGGAGAAGGUUCUGGUGGUGCCGCCGGCCGUAGCGGGCAGCCACUGGUUCCCCCUAGCGUCAGUCGGUCAGGCCUUGGCGGGGAGGGGCCACGACGUCACCGUUGUUGUCUCUCAGGACAUCGUGGACAAACGUCGCACCGAGAGACCCGACCUGCAGUUCGAGUCGUUCUUAGACAAGAGAAGUCAUGCUGGGUUGGAAGCCAUUAUAGCCCAGAUGAGCGACGUGUCGGAUAACUCUAUGUUCCAUAGGUUGCAAAUCUUGAAAGAGAUGACCAAAUUUACGGCUCAGUACUGCGAUCUGCUGCUAGGAGAUGUCGGCUUGAUGCGGAGGCUGAAACAAGCACGUUUUCAGGUUGUCGUAUCAGAGCCUUUCAUUUGCCAGUGCGGAGCCAUAGUCGCAGCACAUCUGGGCCUCCCUCACGUCGCCCUCCUGCGUAAUGACCCUGUUGGACUUGACUCCCUCGCCACAGGUGUGCCCCGCCCCCCGUCCUAUGUACCAUUUCUCCUGUCCAGUUUUACCGACCGGAUGACUUUCUCACAGCGGGUACAGAACCUUGUCGUGUCAUUUAGAGUGUCCAUGAUGUUUCAGUGGAUCUCAGGAGGUAUCAACAAAGACUUGGUGAGAAAGUACCUUGGCGAGGAGGAGACUCUUGUGGGGUUUUUGGCUAAGACGGAUGUGUGGCUGUAUCAAACUGACGUUUUGCUGGACCUCCCGAGCCCGAGAAUGCCCAACAUGGUCGACGUCGGAGGGAUAAACUCUCAAGCGGCCAAUUCACUUUCCGAGGAUUUAGAGUUGUUCAUGCAGAGUUCUGGCGGUGCUGGGGUCGUGGUGGUCAGCUUCGGCUCCCAGGCCAAGACCAUCAACCCUGAAAGGGCAGAGGUCAUGGCAGCAGCCUUCUCACAGCUCCGACAGAAGGUGGUGUGGCGGUACACGGGAGAGAAGCCGGUCGGGCUGGGCAACAACACCAAGCUGAUGAGCUGGCUGCCGCAGAACGACUUACUGGGUCACCCAAAAACCAAAGCCUUCGUCACCCAUACCGGGAUUAACGGUGUGUUCGAGGCCCUGUACCACGGGGUGCCCAUGGUCUGUCUGCCGCUUUUCGGAGACCAGCCCGGCAACGCGGCUCGGGUAGUCUCCAGAGGGCUGGGAAUGAGGCUAGACUUCAACACGUUCACAACAGAAACAUUGUACCAGGCCAUUAUGCAGGUUCUAACUGACAAAAGAUUUGUUCUUGUUUGCCCGUCACUAGCUACCUUGAGACGGCAGCCCGCCUGUCCCGUCUGCACCGUGACCAGCCCCAGUCACCCAUGGAGCGGGCCGUUAUCAUUCUUAAGCUGUCUACAUAUUACAAGACCUGCAAACUGUGGAAACUCCCAAGCCAGCUGCUUAAACUUUGAGAAUUUGAGACACGUUCGAAUCUCAGGUCACUUCCGCGUAGCCUCUCAAACGACGUCCGGAUCGUCUAGACGCAACGCCAUGGAGAUCAGAUCGCAGUAUGUACUGUUGUGUGUGAUGAUAAGUCUGACUGUUCACGGAAUCGGGGCGGAUAAGGUUCUGGUGGUGCCGCCGGCCGUAGCGGGCAGCCACUGGUUCCCCCUAGCGUCAGUCGGUCAGGCCUUGGUGGGGAGGGGCCACGACGUCACUGUUGUUGUCUCUCAGGACAUCGUGGACAAACGUCGCACCGAGAGACCCGAGCUGCAGUUCGAGUCGUUCUUAGACAAGAGAAGUCAUGCUGGGUUGGAAGCCAUUAUAGCCCAGAUAAUCGACGUGCCGGAUAACUCUAUGUUCCAUAGGUUGCAAAUCUUGAAAGAGAUGACCAAAUUUACGGCUCAGUACUGCGAUCUGCUGCUAGGAGAUGUCGGCUUGAUGCGGAGGCUGAAACAAGCACGUUUUCAGGUUGUCGUAUCAGAGCCCUUCUUUUGCCAGUGCGGAGCCAUAGUCGCAGCAUAUCUGGGAGUCCCUCACGUCGCCCUCCUGCGUAAUGACCCCUCAGGACUUGACACCCUCGCCACAGGUGUGCCCCGCCCCCCGUCCUAUGUACCGUUUCUCCUGUCCAGUUUUACAGACCGGAUGACAUUCUCACAGCGGGUACAGAACCUUGUCGUGCCAUUUAGAGUGUCUGUGAUGUUUCAGUGGAUCUCGGGACGUAUCAACAACGACUUGGUGAAAAAGUACCUUGGCAAGGAGGAGACUCUUGUGGGGAUUUUGGCGAAGACAGAUGUGUGGCUGUAUCAAACUGACGUUUUGCUGGACCUCCCGAGCCCGAGAAUGCCCAACAUGGUCGACGUUGGAGGGAUAAACUCUCAAGCGGCCAAUUCUCUUUUCGAGGAUUUAGAGUUGUUCAUGCGUAGUUCUGGCGGUGCUGGGGUCGUGGUGGUCAGCUUCGGCUCACAGGCCAAGACCAUCAACCCUGAAAGGGCAGAGGUCAUGGCAGCAGCUUUCGCGCAGCUCCGACAGAAGGUGGUCUGGCGGUACACGGGAGAGAAGCCGGCCGGGCUGGGCAACAACACCAAGCUGAUGAGCUGGCUGCCGCAGAACGACUUACUGGGUCACCCAAAAACCAAAGCCUUCGUCACCCAUACCGGGAUUAACGGUGUGUUCGAGGCCCUGUACCACGGGGUGCCCAUGGUCUGUCUGCCGCUUUUCGGAGACCAGCCCGGCAACGCGGCUCGGGUAGUCUCCAGAGGGCUGGGAAUGAGGCUAGACUUCAACACGUUCACAACGGAAACAUUGUACCAGGCCAUUGUGCAGGUUCUAACUGACAAAAGCUACCGUGAGACGGCAGCCCGCCUGUCACGUCUGCACCGUGACCAGCCCCAGUCACCCAUGGAGCGGGCCGUCUGGUGGAUAGAACACGUCAUCAAACAUGGCGGACUGUCCCAUCUCCGCGCACGCGCCGUGGAGCUGCCGUGGUACCAGUACUACCUGCUGGACGUGGCCGCCUUCCUGUUGGCCGUCUGUUCAGCUGUUCUUGUGCUCAUCUGGUGCAGCUGUUCUCUCGUCUGUAGAAAGAUUUGCCGUAAAAGUGGCGACAAGCUGAAGUCUCAGUAGAGAAUUCCAAAGAUUGUAACGUUAAGCUCACUAGCACUAUCU